AAGGGCCGGCACAAAGGCGGGCUGGUAUGUCUUUAAACCUCUGCCGGCGGCUUAGUCACAGCCCCCUCGCUUGGGUGUGUCUUUGCUCGCUCCCUCCCUCCCUCUUAGGUCACUCUUUCAGCCCUCGAAUAAAAACUGCACCCAACUUCCGAGGCGCCCUCAUUGCCCAGCCGGACCCCAGCCUCUGGCAGGUUCGGGCCACCCUCCUUGCCCCGUCCUCCGCCGGCCCCCAGCGCCGGGACCCUCCAGCUCCACUCGCUUGUUCUCUCGGUUCGCUCCGACACCAUGGACAAGUCUUGGUGGCGCGCAGCCUGGGGACUCUGCCUCGUGCAGCUGAGCCUGGCGCAGAUCGACUUGAAUAUAACCUGCCGAUACGCAGGUAUAUACCACGUGGAGAAAAAUGGUCGCUACAGCAUCUCACGGACGGAGGCUGCUGACCUCUGCAAAGCUUUCAAUAGCACCCUGCCCACCAUGGCCCAGAUGGAGAAGGCUCUGAGCAUCGGGUUUGAAACCUGCAGGUAUGGCUUCAUAGAAGGACAUGUGGUGAUCCCCCGGAUCCACCCCAACUCCAUCUGUGCAGCAAACAACACAGGGGUGUACAUCCUCACAUCCAACACCUCCCACUACGACACCUAUUGCUUCAAUGCUUCAGCUCCACCUGAAGAAGAUUGCACAUCAGUCACAGACCUGCCCAAUGCCUGGGAAGGACCAGUUACCAUAACUAUAGUUAACCGUGAUGGCACCCGCUACACCAAGAAGGGUGAAUACAGAACAAACCCUGAGGACAUCAACCCUAGCAACCCUACUGAUGAUGACGUGAGCAGCGGGUCCCCUGGCGAGAGAAGCACAUCAGGGGGUUACAGCAUCUUCCACACCCUCCUUCCGACUGCACACCCGACCCACGACCAAGACAGCCCCUCCGUGUCCAGCCACCCAGAGAACACCUACACGACCAUUACUUCAACUGUGCACUCAAACAGCCAUACAGCAACUCAGGAGAAAAAUAACUGGAUAUGGUCCUGGUUUGGUAAUUCACAGCCUAAGACUCAGGAUCAGACAACAGCGACAACAGCAGCUUUGCUGAGCACUAGCGGUACAACUCCCAAAACAACAACCAAGAGGCAAGGAGCCCAGGACUGGUUUUCAUGGUGGUUUCAACCAUCAGAGCCCAAGAAUCAUCCUCACACAACAACAGUAAUGGCUGGUACGGAUUCAAAUAUCAUCUCAGCAGGCUGGGAGCCAACUGAAGAAAAUGAAGAUGAAAGAGACAAACACCCCAGUUAUUCUGGAUCAGGCAUUGAUGAUGAUGAAGAUUUUAUCUCCAGCACCAUUUCAACUACAUCAUGGGUUUUUAACCACCCAAUACAGAACCAGGAUUGGAUGCAAUGGAGCACAGGCCAUUCGAGUCCAGAAGUAUUACCUCAGACAACUACAAGGAUGACUGAUGUGGACAGAAGUGGCACCAGUGAUUAUGGAGAAAACUGGACCCAGGACCCACACUCUCCUCUCAUUCACCAUGAGCAUCAUGAGGAAGAGGAGACCCAGCCUUCUGCAAGCACAACUCAGGCAACCCCUAGUAGUGCAACAGAAGAAACAGCCACCGAGAAAGAGCAGUGGUUUGAGAACGGAUGGCCUGGGGAAUAUCCCCAAAUGCCAGAAGAUGACUCUCAUUCAACAGCAGGGACAGCUGCCUCAGCCCAUGACAGCCAUCCAAAUCAAAGAAUGACAACACAGCAUCAAGACGACAGUUCCUGGACUUACUUCUUCGACCCAAUCUCACAUCCAAUGGGACACGGUCAUCAAACAGAAAGAUGGAUGGAUACAGACCCCAGUCAUAGUACAACACCUCAGUCUUCUGCAGAUCCAAACACAGAUUUGGUAGAAGACUUGGACAGGACAGGACCUCUUUCGAUGACAACUCAGCAGAGUCAUACUCAGAUCUUCUCUACAUCACAUGGCGGCUUGGCAGAAGAUAAAGACUAUGCAGUGACUCCCACUUCAGCAUCUAGCCGUGAGGACGAUAGGAAUCAUGGCAGAGGUGGAAGAAGAGGUGGAAAUCUUCCUGAAGACUCAACUGCUUCAGUGGAAGGUUAUACUUCUCAAUCCCCAGACACAAAGGAGCUCAGCACUCUCAUCCUAGUGACCCCAACUUUGACUGGGUCCCCCCGAGUUACUGAAGUUACUGUUGUUGGAGAUUCCAAUGUUAAUCUUGACCGUUCCUUCUCAGAAGAUCAAGACUCAUCCCCGGACCACAGUGGGAGGUCCCACACCACUCAUGGAUCAGAAUCAGCUGGACACUCAAGUGGAAGUCAAGAUGGUGGGGCAAACACAACCUCGGGUCCUAUACGGAAACCUCAAAUUCCAGAAUGGCUGAUCAUCUUGGCCUCCCUCCUGGCUCUGGCUUUGAUUCUUGCAGUUUGCAUCGCUGUCAACAGUCGAAGAAGGUGUGGGCAGAAGAAAAAGCUGGUGAUCAACAAUGGCAAUGGAGCCGUGGAAGAGAGAAAGCCAAGCGGACUCAAUGGAGACGCCAGCAAGUCUCAGGAGAUGGUGCAUUUGGUGAACAAGGAAUCGUCAGAGACCCCAGACCAGUUUAUGACAGCUGAUGAGACACGGAACCUGCAGAAUGUAGACAUGAAGAUUGGGGUGUAACACCUGCACCACGGCCUGGGAAAGAAACAACGGUCGGAGACACAACCUUACAGGGAGCUGGGACACUUCGCAGAUGCAAUGUGCUACUGAUUGUUUCAUUGGGGAUCUUUUUUAGCAUAAAAUUUUCUACUCCUUUUUGUUUUUUGUGUUUUGUUUUUUAAAGUCAGUUCCAAUUUAUAAAAACAGCAUUGCUUUCUGAAAUGAGGGCCCAAUUCAUACUUGGCAAGAAUUUGGCUGUUCCAGUUCCCACCUAGGAGCCUCUCACCUGCUGAGGUGUGCUAUGGAUAACUUCUAACAAAAGCCACAAAUACAUCUUCCUGAUCCCCAACCUUUCCUCCACUCCACCUCCCAGCUAAUAGCCAUCUGCUGAGGACAUCCCCCAGGGCUGGGAGGGAUUGGUCCCAGCCAAGAAAUCUGAAUGGGUCCGUAUUGCCCCUCCCCUUCCAGCCCAGCCUAAUCCCUGGGCAUUUCUUUCCAGUGGGUUAGGGAAUCAGGGUGUACUGGUUACACAUUGCCUUCUACAGACCCCAUGGAAAUUUUUCACAUGCUUCUGGGAAAUACCCAAAGGGUGAAGCUAUUUAUCUGUAGUAAGCUAUUUAUCUGGUUUUUUUUUUUUGAAAUAUUAAACCCUGGAGGUCCUUUGAUCAGUAUGAUUUUUUUUUUAUGGUUACUUUGUCAGAGGCAUAAGAGGGUUUAAGCUGAUUCAUAAUAAAUACCUGUACUUCUUCCACCUUAA